AUGUAUACGAUAGCCAUCCUUCUACUCCUGCUGGCCACCUUGGCUGAAGCUCAAUGGAACGUUCCGAUUGGUGGCGCGAAUUACAACCCUCUGAUGGCUGGCGGCCAACUUCAACCAACAGGUGGAUUUUAUGGAUCUCCUCUCUCAAAUCAACCAGCAAAUAGUCAACUGGCUGCACAGUUCGCCCCUCAGUUUGCCCAGUUCGGGACUCAAUAUCCAGGCUAUGGUGGCCAAAGCAACGCCAUGGACCGAUAUCAAAGCGGCCAGAUCACUCCGAACAUGCCCAUGGACACCUCGAGGCUCUUCCCAGCCUCACAGAGCACAUAUGGUCUACAACCUGGUCUACAACCGAUGGGCUUCCCAAAUCAACCACGACCUAUUCAACAGCUGAUCCAUCAACCAGGUGCUUUUGGCCCUUAUAGCGCCAUUCAAGGAGGACCAACUGGUCCGAUGGGCUACGGUGGAGGCAUGCAACGAGGAUAUAUAAGUUCCAAGGGCGAUGACUUCAUGGGGAACAAUUCGAAAACGGGUAGAUUUUUCAGAGGUUACUAUUGA